CCACGGCAACGUGCUACAACGACAUAGACGGAGAUGGUUUACAUCACAGAGGAUCUGAUCCGUCGGCGGGCCGAGCACAACGACUGUGAGAUACUAACCCUGGAGGAAGUUUCUCUGCACCAGCAGGAAAUAGAGAAGAUCGAACACAUUGACAGGUGGUGCAGGGAGCUGAGGAUCCUCUAUCUGCAGAACAACCUCAUCCCAAAAAUCGAGAAUCUGGGCCGCCUGAAGAAGCUGGAGUAUCUGAAUCUGGCCUUAAACAACAUCGAAGUGGUUGAAAACCUUGAAGGCUGCGAGAGUCUCCAGAAGCUGGAUCUGACAGUGAACUUUGUGGGGCUCCUGAGCAGUGUUGACUCCCUGAGAAACAACAUCCACCUGAGAGAGCUCUUUCUGGUGGGGAAUCCCUGCACAGAGUUCCAGGGCUACAGGCAGUAUGUGGUGGCUGCGUUGCCUCAGUUAAAGUGGCUGGACGGGACGGAGAUCAGCCGAUCGGAGCGGAUCAGAGCCUCACAGGGCCUGGAGCAGGUGAGGAGACGAGUCAGAGAGCAGGAAACCGAGUACCUGAGGAGAAGAGAGGAGCAGAGAGAGCAGGAGAAGCAAAGGAAGAAAGAGAAGAAACCUGGCUAUGAUGGGCGCUGGUACACAGACAUCGACAACCCAGGCUCACAGGAUAACAAGGAGAACCAGGAACUGAAGGAGAACCCGAGGAGCCCAGAGGAGGAGGAAGAAGAGCAGGAGCGAGAGUUCUGGCACACACCCUGUGCUUUCACCCCCGAGUCUCGUCUGGAGGCUCAUCGGCACCUGGAGGAGAAGAGAAAUACAAACAGGAAGGAGACAGAGAAGAAGACCAAGCCCCCGAGGACUCUGAUCACAGCUGAUGGACGAGUGAUGAAUGUCAACGAGCCCAGGCUCGCCUUUUCCCUCACCGAGGACGAGGACACCAACACCGUGGUUUUGGACCUGGCUGUCUACAGGUGA